GAGUACACAUUCAGUUGUGAAUGAGAAGCUGACAAAACAAGUCAAAAGCGGAAAAAUCUGUUUAACUAAUACAAAAGUGAACUAAAUCUAAAUAAAUAUUUAAAUAACUUAAGAAUUUAAAAAUGUUCUCAAAGCUGUCAACGAGAUUAGCGCCUCAACUCACGCGCCAACAGCAAACGCUUCAUUCAUUAAAAAAUGCGACAAAGUUGACAUCACAGAAAGUUUUUGAACGUGAAAACAAAUAUGGAGCUCACAAUUAUCAUCCACUUCCUGUGGCGCUGACUAAGGGAGAAGGUGUUUACGUUUGGGAUGUUGAAGGAAAACAGUAUUUUGAUUACCUUAGCGCAUAUUCAGCUGUCAAUCAAGGUCAUGGGCAUCCGAAAAUCAUUAAAGCUUUAAUGGAACAGGCACAAAAAUUGUCUUUGACAUCCAGAGCAUUUUAUUCUGAUGUACUUGGAGAGUAUGAAGAGUACAUAACUGGAAUUUUUAAUUAUGAUAAAGUACUGCCGAUGAAUACUGGAGUUGAAGGAGGUGAAACAGCAUGUAAACUGGCAAGAAAAUGGGGCUAUUUAAAAAAGAAUAUACCACACAAUCAAGCUAAGAUCAUUUUUGCUGAAAACAAUUUCUGGGGACGCACAUUAUCGGCUGUUUCUGCAUCUACUGAUCCUAGCUGUUAUGAAGGAUUCGGUCCAUUCAUGCCAGGUUUUGAAACCAUAAAGUACAACGAUAUUGCUGCCGUAGAAAAAGCAAUACAAGAACCUCAUGUUUGCGCAUUCAUGGUCGAACCUAUACAAGGCGAAGCUGGUGUAGUAGUGCCUGAUGCCGGUUAUUUGAAAAAAAUACGAGAACUUUGCACCAAAUAUAAUGUACUUUGGAUUGCUGAUGAAGUACAAACAGGUUUGGCGCGUACAGGUCGUAUGCUUGCAGUUGAUUAUGAAGAAGUCAAACCAGAUAUUUUAAUUUUGGGUAAAGCAUUAUCAGGUGGUAUGUACCCAGUAUCAGCAGUUUUAGCAAAUGAUGAUAUUAUGCUCUGCAUUAAACCUGGUGAACAUGGUUCAACAUAUGGUGGAAAUCCUCUAGGAUGUAAGGUUGCUAUGGCUGCUUUGGAAGUUCUAAUUGAAGAAAAAUUGGCAGAAAAUGCUGAAAAAAUGGGAAAUCUUUUACGUUCAGAAUUAAGCACACUCCCAAAGGAUAUUGUGUCCACAGUAAGAGGAAAGGGUUUACUUAACGCGAUUGUUAUUAACUCAAAAUAUGAUGCUUGGGAUAUAUGUCUCAGACUUAAGGAGAACGGUUUACUAGCUAAACCUACACAUGGCGACAUUAUACGCUUUGCACCACCGUUAGUAAUCAACGAAUCAGAAAUGUUAGAAUCAAUUGAUAUUAUCAAGAAGACAAUAUUAUCUUCAUAAAAUAUUAUUGUAUUAUUACAUGUUAUUGUAAAUACAUGUAUUUAAUUUAAUUAAUUUUAACAAAAAAGUGGAACCAAAGUCUGAAUGCUUUAACUUGUAAGCAAUCAUGUUGCAAUCAAAAUUUAUAUUAGGAAUAAUUAUAGUUUUAUAACAAUUUUUUUAUAUAAUAUGUUAUAUAUAUAAUAUGUUAACUAAAUUGAAAAAUUUUAUAUUGAUAUUAAAAUAAAUAUAACACUAUAUACA